AUGUCUCCACUGACCCAACCCAAACUUAUUCACACCACGCUGUAUUUUAUAGCGGUGAUCAUCCGCCAGGGACCCAAUUUGCGGCACUGUGCUCAUGCCACUCAAGGCAAAUAUAGUAUGGGCGUCAACAACCUUUGGGAGUUACUAGAGCCUGCUGCAAAAACAGUGCCCAUUACCUCGCUUGCCCUCCAGGACCGCUAUGUGGGACCUGCUCCUCACCUGCCCUAUGUGAUAGGAGUUGACACAAGCCCUCGCGUCAUACCCUUACCCGACCUUACCCUUGUCAUCCUUGUCAUCCUCGCAUUCCCUUUCGCUCUCUAUCUGUCGCUUCAGCAAAGCCAGUACAUCUGGCCGAACCCUUUUGCUGACGAAGCAUACCCAUGCUCCGUUCCACCACCUGACUGA